AUACACAAAAUGGCCAUUAUUCAUUAGACCAUAUAACAAGUAGACAGUAAUAAUUCGCGGUUUACAUUUUUUAGUGCUAUAAUACAAGCUAUUUAAUACAAAGAAAUAAUUUAAUCGUACUUUUAUUUACACGUACAUUAUAGAUAAUUUUAAAUAUGUCUGGAAUCGCCGCUCAAAGACUUGCUGAAGAAAGAAAAGCAUGGAGAAAAGAUCACCCAUUUGGAUUCGUAGCUCGUCCAUCAAAAAAUCCAGAUGGUUCGGUAAAUUUAAUGAACUGGGAAUGUGUGAUACCUGGCAAAAAAGGGACCCCAUGGGAAAAUGGAAAUUAUAAACUGCGUAUGAUUUUUAAAGAUGAUUAUCCAACAAGUCCACCAAAAUGUAAAUUUGAACCACCACUAUUUCAUCCAAACGUAUAUCCCUCGGGUACAGUAUGUUUAUCAUUAUUAGAUGAGGAUAAAGACUGGCGUCCAGCAAUUACUGUUAAGCAAAUAUUACUGGGAAUACAAGACUUAUUAAAUGAACCCAAUGUACGUGAUCCCGCUCAGGCUGAAGCUUAUACAAUUUAUUGUCAAAAUCGAUUAGAAUAUGAAAAACGAGUACGGGCACAAGCGCGCGCUAUGGCACACGAAUAGCCAACGAUUCAUUGCAUCAUUCCUUGAUUAUAUUAUAACGUCAUUAAAGGUAUUUCCAGUAUUUUAAAAUUACAUUCGUUGCAUAAAACAAGACAAAUGUUCUUGGCUAGAAUGUAAUUUUUAUUUAAAAUGUCAAGUGAACAACAAAAAACUGCAUAAUAAUUUUGUUUUUAUAA